AUGACGCGCGCGAGCGACGACGGCGACGAGGACGGCGACGGCGACGCGCGGCGCGCGCGCGCGACGACGGGCGCGUGCGUGGACGCGUUCGUCGUGUGCGGGUUGCCGCCGAACCCGCGCGCGAUGCGGCGCGCGCGCGCGCGAGGGGUCGGGACGUCGAGCAACGGUAUCGCGAGCGGAACGGCGACGGCGACGACGGCGGCGGCGACGGCGGACGCGCGCGAGUGGACGCGGACGGUGUAUCACGCCGGCGUGCUCGAUGAGUGCCCGCGGGCGAGCGCGCGGUACCCGGCGCAGUUGGCGACGCUGGCGCUGCCGCGAGGCGUCGACGCGUACGGCGACGACGAACGCGCGGACGACGAACAUCCGACUCGGUACCCGACGAUACUGACGGAUGAAAACGGGGAUAGGAUAUACGUCGCGUGCGUGUCGUUCGUGGCGGCGACGCCGGAGCGGAGCCUGAGGACGAUGAGCGGGGAGACGGCGGGGGCGACGCGCGCGCGGGCGUGCGUGUGUUUGGUGUCGCGAAUGCCGUGCCUGGACGCGUGGAUGGAGGCGUUGGAGCACGUGUUCGAGGCUUACUUUAGAAAGCCAGGGCGAGGGCACCUACCGGUUCUGUCCGUGAUCGCGGAGAUGGUGGUGGAUAGGUUGAUGUGGCGACGCGAUCGCGCGGUUUUGUUUCCAAUCGGCGGCGCGUUGGUGACGGUGCCGCCGCGGGGGGCGGCGGAUCACGGCGCGCGCGAGGCGUUUGCGGACGGUAAAGAGCCGCUGAUGCGGUGUUUGCCCGUGCGAACUGUGUUCAAGUGUGUCGCGGCGAUCGCGUGCGAGCGUCGGUUGCUGUUGCGAAGCAAGCAGGUGAGCUUGUUGGUCAAGUGCGCCGAAGCCCUGAGCGGGCUCGCGCAUCCGCUCGUGUGGAGACACGUGUACAUUCCCUGCUUGCCGAUUUCAAUGGUUGAUUACUUGGAUGCGCCCAUGCCGUUUAUCAUGGGAGCCACGCACGACGUCGACGUGGAUGAACGCGCGCUCGAGGGUGUUACGGUGGUAGAUUUAGACACGGGAUCGAUGCGAGACGGCGGCGAGCAAAUUCUCCUGCCUCAAGAGAGCAUGUUGCGAGAUUUCAUCGAACGCGUGCGAAAGAUAAUCAAGCCUGGUAUCGUUGAUACGGACGAGCUCGAUGCGAGCAUGUUCGUCAACUGGGAUGCGGACGUCAACAUGCGUGUGACUGCGGUUUUCACCGAUUUUUGGUACGAGUUACUUCAGCUCGAUUCUCUUCAUCGUUACGUCGUGCAGGACGCCAGCGGGGCGGCGCAACUCAAGAAACACGAUUAUAGGCACGAAAUCAGUCGUUGGCGCGGUGCGUUCACGGAUCAGAUUUUGGAAACAAAUGCGUUCUUGUCCUUGCUAGACGACGCUUCGUCGCUGUCCAGGCUUGGAAAAUCUGUAGCAGGAGACAUCGGCAGGAAGAGACGCGCGAAAUUUCGUUCGACACAGCUGACAGGCGACUCGUUGGUUUUACCCGCUUCUAUCGAGUCUCGGUCGACGGACUCGCUUUUGAUACCGCGUCUUCAUAUUUCGAAUUUCGAUGACGCCCAGCAAAGCGCAAAGUCUAUGCGCUCGCUUUCGAUUUAUCAAAAGAUCGAGGCAAAGUUUAUGGACUCUUCUCCUUCGCUCGGCGGCGAAAACGUCGACAAAUUCAACGAUGUUCCCGUCCGAGAUGCUCGAUCGUCAACCAAUUCGACGCUAAAGCGAGCAACAUGGGGAUGGUUAAAAGAUAGAGUGCGACGUCGAAUGGGGUCCGACGCGUUGCCCGAAGAACGCGCCCUAGCAAAAGCGAUACAAGUCGCCGAGAACGCUGACAAGGCGGUCAACUUUGACUGGUAUUACAACACGCUGACAAAGAAAGAUGCGGCAUCAUUGGCUGACUACAUCCGUUCGCACCGUGAUGAUUUGGAUGUGCUUGACGACGAUGAGGCGAUCGAUACGGUCGAGGUCCCGCAAGAUUUGCAGCCAUCCAAUGACGAUGACGACGUCGACGAGGCGACGGCGCUCGUGUAUCCAAUUUUCACCAAUCACGACGACGUCGUGGCGGCCGCCUUGGCGGAGCACGCCGCAACUCUCAACUACAUCGCUCUUCUCACUGGUGUCAAAAGGCAUUUGAUCUCCGGUACCAGGCGUUUCAAUAUUGUUUCAAUCGCGAUCAGCGCAGCCGUUCUGCGCGCCGAUGCUGCCGGCGAUGCCACGUCGCUGGCGCACGCCAUCCGCAUCGUACGCACUUAUCAGCCUUCGAAUACCCGCACGCUUUGGUUAAAGGGAGCCGCACGAUGGGAUGCUGUCAAUCUUUGGUGCGGUUUAUUUGCCGUCAAUACAGACGUCGCAUGGUUACACGGUACCGACGCCGAAACCAGGACAAGUGAUCUGGUUCGGUGCUUUGCCCUCGUCGGACUGACUUCGGACCAAUCCUCUGCGUUAUUGAACGAAGUCAUGGUGAGAUUUGAUUUUGAGAAAAUGUGUUCCGUUGAAGUCGACGUUAGUGUUGGCAGAGCUCUGUCGGCGUCGGCGUACUCCACGAUUUCAUUCGAGUCUUGGGUGGAAAAGUUGCGACAAUCGAGCGCAUUCCACUUUGGCGCAAACGACAGAGCCUUACAUUCGUACGCACCCGUGCAAGAUUGUUGUCCUUCGGACGUUAUUGAAGCACAGAUAUGGGAUCGAUCAGCCAUUACGGCGAUGACUGUGCAGUCUGGUGUUGUCUCGUCCUUGGUGGCUCUUGGAAGUGGCCGAGGUGACGUCGCUUUCUUCGCUCCGGAUUCAGGCGUCACGACGCGUUCGCACAGUCCGCAAAUUCACGCAUCACCGCUCUCUGCGCUGACGUUUAUACCGCGUAGCGCGCAUGCGUUCUGCGGUCGCCGUGAUGGGGUGAUUGAGACGUGGGAUUCGGUGACGGGCACGCGUAUAUCCAUCGUUCCGGACGCGCACAGAGGAGAAACCGUAUCCUUCGUGUCUCCGGUGGUGAAUCAAGUAAUAUCGUCUGCGCCGCUCACCGCAUCGGCGGGAAACGAUGGCACCGUGAAACUCUGGGACGCUAGACAAAGCGAUGCAACGCGUGCAGUGAGCGUGAUUAAAGGCCACGUUGGUGGCGUCACUGCCUUUGCCACUCGCGACGCGCGCGGCGGUGCCGUCGGCAGCAUUCUCACUGGCGAUGCCGCGGGCGUGGUGCGCGCUUGGGAUCCUCGUUACGCCACAGCAGGGCCAGUGUCGCUGGCACACGCGCAUCAAGGCAGAGUGACGUAUUUGGCACCUUUGCGAGGGUCAGACUCUACCGCCAGCGCGGGUGCGGACGGUUUAGUGCGAGUGUUGCGUCUCGAUGGCGACACCGGGGGCGACAUUCGUCUGAGCGGGCACUUGGGUGACGUCACCUCGCUCUGCGUACUUCAGGACGAAACUCGUGGUCGUGAGCCCGUGGGUAUAAUCGCAUCUGGUUCCAGCGACGGCGAGCUGUGCCUUUGGUCCGGGGGCGAACUCGUGAACGAUGUUCGUCAGGCGUGGCGCUGCGUGAGCAAGUCUCGAGCGCACGUCGGAGCGGUGACGUGCCUGACGACCGAGGGGAGUGGAAGACCGAAACGGACGAAUUCUGUGAAUGCGGGAAGCUCCGGUAAGGGAGUCAGAGACAUGGAGAUGAAGCCAUUACUCUCAGCAUCUACAGACUGUUCAUUUGCGUGCUGGAACCUCUCCACAGCGCGUCUACAAGGACGCCGCUCGAGCUGGUCGCCUGUCGCAAUGUGCGCGCCACCUCUGAAGCGCUCCACUAGCGCGCUGUGCUCCGUGAUUGAAGUAUCUCGAAACAGAUAUAUCUACGGUGAUCGAUUCGGCAUGCUCUCUUGCGUCGCGCUUCCGACGCCCGCGGCUUAG